CGUGACCUCCUUUCCUCCUCAAUACGUACUUGUUGUUCGUAUUAUUCAAAAGAAGAAAACAAUUUUGCAAAACAAACUUCGGCGUUUACGACGUAUGCUGCAGAAUAUUGCAACAUACAUAAAAAACAUUGCAUUCGGUAUGGUGUGGAAACUUCUGAUGCAAAAGUUAAAAUCUGCAGCUUGUAAUGCUGAAAGGCUUUGUAUAAAUAUGAUGUCGACGAGUUUGACAAUUGGAAUUUUGAAAUCAGCAGAAUAA